ACAACAACAAAAAACCCAAUUUGCUCAGAUUUUAAAGGGUUAAUGUCUGUUCAUCUUUUCCUGUCAGGGAUGUGUAACCCCAAGAACUACAGCGACACUCCGGCCACGUCGAAGAGCACCGUGGAGGAGCUGCACCGUCCGAUCCCCUCGCUGUUCCGCGCCCUCACGGAGGGCGACGCGCCCAUCAACAUGAUGGUGGUGUCCUUCCCCGUCGCCGAGGAGCUCUCCCAUCACGAGAACCUGGUGUCCUUCCUGGAGUCGCUGGAUACUCAGCACCAGAACGUCUCCGUACCUGGAAACAGCAUCCACGCCAGCUACGACACUCAAG